UGCAGUUGCAGGUUAUCUGCCUACUUUCAAGAUCCACCAGCAAAGCAAAGCAAACAGGAUAUGGCACUUGAUCGAAUUGAAGAGAGGAAAAGAUGCAUACAGAUUGGGGGCCAGCGGCUGUAGCGGUGGUUAUGUUUAUACUGUUGUCCCCGGGGCUGCUAUUUCAACUACCGGCUAGGACACGAGUGAUAGAAUUUGGGAAUAUGUACACCAGUGGCAUAUCCAUCCUGGUUCAUGCCGUCUUGUACUUUUGUAUUUACACCAUUUUGGUUGUAGCUAUCGGUAUUCACAUUCGUACUUGAUGAUUCUCCUCUUUUAUGCUUUCGGCUUACAUGUUCUUUCUAUUGGAUGUGAUUUACGUUUCUGGCCUUCUUUCAUACGGUAAACUUAUGUUCCUUCCUUGUGUUUUACCAUGUAAUGUCUGUGCUUUCUUCAUCCAAUUUAGAUUUUCACUCGUAUCAACUCGUCGAGUGGCGUUAGACCCAUGCCCGUAACGCAUUGUGUCCGAGCUACUAGUUUUUUUAGAUGUUUUCGAGUGUCGAUAUGUGGGUUUAUAUUCCGUGCCUCGUGAACUUAUUUGUUGUCUAUUGACGGAGCACUAUUUAUCCAUCAACUGAAUCCGAAGAUCCAACGUCGUGUUUGUGUU